AUGGGUGUAUGUGACUCAAGCAAUGAAACCGCCGACCAUCUCUUUUAUCUAUGUCCGACAGCGAUGGAGACAUGGAAGAGAUUGAUUCGUCCCGACAAGAUGUCUAAGUUCUUAAUAAUGAAUAAAAGAACAUGGUUACUAGUUAAUCUCACAAAACCUGGAUACUUUGUAAUUGAAGAUCAACAAUGUGAUGUGAUGUUUGGAGCAGUUCUUUGGAACAUAUGGAACCACCAAAACCAAUGUAUAUUCGACGUUGAGAAUCUAGGAUCUACUUCCAUCCUUGAACAAAGUAAGAGACUCCAAACCAAGAAUGGCAGAGCUAUAUUAGCCGGAGCAAAUGCAAACAAUACUAGGAUGUUGACGAGACUGAGAUACUCUAAAUUGGAGGCCCCUUCAGAAGAAUGGCUGAAGAUAAACACAGAUGGAGCACGAAACAUCCAAGGUUAUGUGACUUGUGGGGGAGUAAUUCGGAACAGUCGCGGAGAAUGGAUUUUAGGCUUUGCUAGUGCUGUCGGAAUCUAUUCAGUACUUGAAGUUGAACUAUGA